UUCUUACUCCUUUCAGUCUUUUGCUCUUUGCAAUUAAGAUCCUUAGUUCUUCUCGGUGUAUUCUUUCUUUUAUUUUUUUUUUAUUAUUUUUUUUAUUUUGUCUAUCAUAUUUCGUUUAUUUUAUGGUUUUUAUUUGGUCAGUUGGUUUCCUUCAUUUUUUUAUUCCCUACUAUUUUUUUAUCUUUUGUUUCAUUUGUUACUUUUAUUUCCUUAAUUUUUCAUUUCUUUUUCACUCCACUUCAUUUUUUUUCGUUCCUUUUUGCUCGUCCCUCGUUUCUUUCACUCCUUUUCACUCCCCGUGUUUUAUAUCGCGUAUGCAAAUGAUUAGAAAUUGACAGAGAAGUUGGCAAAUUUUUUUCUGUCUUUAAGUGGGCUGAAAAUAUGUUAUAAAGGCCUUCAUUUUCUUUUGUUCCUUUCAUUUUUUUCAUUCCUUUUCAUUCCUUCAUUUUUUUCGUUCCUUUUUAUCCCCUUCAUUUUUUUCAUCCCUUUUUCACCUCUCUUUUGCUUCUUUCA